CUGCCGUCGGAGAUCCUCGGCCCGGAAGGGUUUUCCGCGAGAUCCUUCCGGUGGUGCAGUCGGCCGCCCCGGUGGUGAUUCCGAAGAUCAAUACCAAUAUCAAAAUGUGCACCGCCCGAAUUCUGGAACCGACGGAGACCACCUUCAAUUCGGACAACGUUAUCAAGGUGACAGCAGGUCUAAUCGCAGCAGUUCCCCUGGUUGCAGAGCUUGAGAAUCUUCAGGAAUCGCAACGACAAAACCUUCGUCUCAAGAUCAAAUACCCGGACCAGAACGUUCACGUAAUCGUACCCCGGAAGCGGGACCUGAAGAAAAUCAUGACCGAACAGGGCGAGAGUGACUCGCACUGGAGGCUCCGAACUACGGUCCUUCUGUCCCAUGGAGUGUGGACCGAAGCCUCCCCAGUGGACAUCAGCUUGUGUCUAUCGGUGCGAGCCAACAGCGAGCUGGAACUGUGCAAACCGGUCCGAGUUCAAUUUGCACCGAAACCCGUCAAACGGGGGAUAUAGGGUGAGUUUCUUUUUUUUCGCGAUUAAUAUAUUUUUGGUCCAGUGUU